AUGCCAUACCUUGCCAUGACCACAGAAACCAUUCGGACCCGACGCCUGGAACCGAGAAUGAACGUUGGACAAGAUCAACCGUUCCAAUAUCAGCCGAGUGCUCCAAUUUCAACCACAGUCAUCGUCACUGCAAGUGGAGACUGUCCCGUGUGUCGCCCCCUGGAACCCCUCGACGAAUUGUUCUUCAAAGCUUUCUGGAAAAUCGUCUUUGGUCACCAUGAUGACUGCCAGGGUGCUUAUGGACACGAGGAAUCCAGCUUCUUCGCAAACUGUAAAUUCGCGACGAAGCUGUUCGAAGGAGUAGCUGCCGACAAGACCCGUGAUGUUUUCGGUGUCCAACUGGGUCAGAAUUUUGAUGAAUUCUUGGUAGUACACAGAAAGCAUUGGCAUCAAUUCGUCGUUGAAGAUUUCCUCGGUGGUACUUGUGUACCAGAGCAUGGCCACGUCGAAGAGUGCGUGCCCAAAGCGAGCAAACUGAAAAUCCAGCAGUUUCACGCUUUUUGCCCUUCCGCUUUCGUCCUUUCGAUCCCCCAUGCAGUAGUUGUAAAAUCCCAGAUCCACCAUCACCAGCAACUCGUCGUUCGCAUACACUACUUCAGGAUAAUCCUUCUUCAAGUCGAUUUGCUUCUCCGAGGCUAUGCUCAGAAUUUCGGGAAGAAGUUUUUGGUAGAAGCAGAUUUCCCUUUCGAACAACUCGUACUUUUUCAGGAAUUCGCGCUGAGCUCCUUGAUGGGGCAUGCAUUUCGAGAACAAUCGAAUUUCCUGCGUCUCUUCACUCUCGGGACAGCAGAAAAUUUCCCAAGGACCACGGGUUGGGAAACACUGCGUUCGGAAAUUCCGAAGUUCAUCACUACAGGCUUGACAGCAUUGAAGAAGACUUCGGUUUUCCCGAUGCCAGCAGAAAAUUUCCCGAGGACCACGGGUUGGGAAACACUGCGUUCGGAAAUUCCGAAGUUCAUCACUAAAGGCUUGACAGGAUUGAAAGAAGACUUCGGUUCUCUCGAUGAAUAUUCGGCGAAGGAAAAGUAUGCACAGCGUGACUCACAUUUCAGGGGUAAAGAAAAGAACAACCACGAAGGUUCCUUUGUGGCGGAAAUUACGGAAUAUUUUAUUAGUUCUGGAGAAACGUUGAACUUGCCAAAACCUGUCUGGAAACACGAACUUGCGCAGAUUUUCAUUACAAAAUCUGGCUUCACAUCAUGA